AUGGACAAAGGCGAUGAGGAGGCUUUGGCUCCGCCCGAAGAUGUCUUCGAGGGACUGGAGGUCGGACCGGAAAUCCCCGAGCCCGAGCCGGCUCCUGGAAAGUUCGCCGCUCUCGAUAUGAACGAGCUUCAAGCAGCGAUCCUUCAGGCCGAGCUCGACGGCGAUGACGAGACUCUCCAAGGCUUGCAGGCAGAACUGGCGCUGCGCCAAGCCAAGGGCACUGACGGUGGCCGAGAGUCCGUCAAGGGGGCGCAGUGGGUCCACGAGUCGGUGGACGUGCCGGUGGAGGUCGUGGGUGGUGUGAUCGGCUCUGGGGGCGCUACCAUCAAAGCCAUGGCCGCGGAGUCCGGUGCGCGGAUGUGCUUCCAGCGUGACGAGGAUUCGCAAAACGGCGAUGCAGGUUUCCUGUCCCUCACCUUGUCGCGCCCCUGCCUCAUCAGCGGGCCGGCAGAAGCCGUAGCCAAGGCCAAAGAGCUGCUCCAGCAGACCAUCGCCGAGUGCGGCCAGAAUCAGGGCCGGAAAGGCAAAGGGAAAGGCAAGGGCCAGCGCAAAGGGACACCUGCGAACUUAGCUUCUGACGUCAUCUCGCAGGGGGCUGGUGCUCGAGCUGGGUUCCAGUGCGGCAUCUGCAAGUGGUAUGCUGCAGGCUUCUGCCGCAACCGUGCAGACGAAACGGGGGCCUGCAGAAACGGGCUCCACAGCACGGAGGCAGCGCUGAAAGCCGAGUCCGACUGGAUCGCCGCCGGCCCGGGCCCCACGGCCCAGGUCACGGAGGCGACGCAGAGGCCGAUCCUGCUGGUGCUCGAUUUGGAGGGCGGCGGCAACCAGGACGGCAGAGAUGGCGAAGACGAGAUCAUCGAAGUGCCUGUGCUCUCGAUGUGCCCUGCCACCGGGACGGAGCUCGGAAGAUUCCACCGCUUCGCCAGACCUGGCUUCUGGGUGCGCGAGGCAGCCUCCAUGCGGCAGCGCUUCCAUGUCAACUGCUUCAACGAUGGCGCGAACUCCAUCCCCUUCCCGGAGGUGGUGGAGGCCAUGCAGCAGUGGCUCCGAGAUCUGCUCGGGCUGGCGCCAGAAGAGGAGUUGAGGAAGGAGUCCUUCCUGUUCGUCACCUGCGGAAAUUGGGAUGUCAAGACGGCGAUUCCGAGGCAGUGCAACAAGCCUUUCCCAGGUGCAGUCGACUUCGGUUUGCAGCAGCUGCUUUUCUCGCGGUGGACGAACAUCAAAGAGGUUUUCAGAGACCACUUCAAUCUGUCUGAUGCCGAUGCCCCGACGGGAAUGCGUGGCAUGCUCAAGCGCUUGAGGAUGCCGCUGGCCGGGCAGCAUCACUUAGGCAUGGACGAUGUGAGCAACAUCGCCAAGAUCCUGCAACGGCUAAUCCGCGAUGGAUGCAGCAUCAAAGCUACAGGCCAAGCCUCCUUGAAAGUGCCUGGGCCAAUGAAGGGCGGCUUCAAAGGCUACGGAGGCUUCGGAAAGGGCAAAGAGAAAGGCAAAGACAAGGGCAAAGGCGGCAAAGGCAAGGACAAGAAGGGCAAGGGCUUCUUCAGCGAGAUGCCACCGCCGCAAGGUGCCAUGCCCAAAAGCUCGAGCGUCUUCAUGAAGGGCGAGAAAGGCCCAGGUGGAGACAUGGGCCAGGGCAAAGGGGCUCCGAGCAACGGCCACGCGGUGCCCAAGGCGCCCCAAGCCGCGGCCGCAGCCGGCACGGGCCAGGUGGUGCCGCCUCGAAGCUCGGCGCCUUGGCAGUGGGGCACAGGUCUCGUUUCAUCAGCGCCGACUGCAGAGGCCGAAGCUGAAGAUGAGGAGAUGGAGCCCAAGAAGGAGCUGGAGGCCUUCCUCCAAAGCGCUCCGCUCCCUGGAGAGACCUGGGAGGAAGAGGAGGAGCCAGCACAGGCUGGCGAGGAGGAAGCGCCGUUGCGCAAGCCUAACAAGCAGCUGGAGGCCUUCCUCAACGGCGCCCCGAUGCCCGGCUCCGACGACGAGGAAGACACAGAGCUUUUCAAGGCUCAGGAGCCCCAGGAGGAGCCCACGCCCACGCCGGAGCCCUUUGCCGCUUCCAAACCGAGAGCCAGGCCUGGUGAAGACUGGCUAGACAUGGACGAGGCAGAGUCGACAAGGUUUCCAGCGCCAAAGAGGCCUGCGCCAAAGAUGGAGGGCCACGUCGGGCCGGUAGCGUCCCUGAGCGAGAUCCUUGGCGAAGCCGACGAGGCGGAGGACGAAGGCGUCCUCCUGGAGCCAGCUGCGAAAGCUCCGAGGACCGAGGCUCCGAGGAUUGCAAGCCUCCUUGCAUCAUUGCCAGCACCAAAAGCGACAUGA